ACCCAAACGGAGCGGCAGCGCCACAGAGAACUCAUGACCAGGCUGUGAUGCACACGGGUGACGCCGCGCUCCUGUAGACGCAUAAGCAAAGACUGGCGUGGGAUCGGUCUCUGCUCCUCAUCUGGAAUAGCGUUGGGAAAAUCUAGAAAAAAAUUAAUCAGCGGGUGUGUGUCUUUUGUUUUUAAAGGAGGCCAACGGUGCUGAGAAUAAUUCCGUUUGGGUAAACGUUUCCAUCGGAAGGGGGGGUUUUCUGUACUUUCCAGAAGCCAGAGCUGCUUUAUUCCGAGAACUACCAAAUAUAGGCUGUUACAAGGAAUCAUGGGAAAGCAAAACAGCAAGUUGACUCCUGAGGUGAUGGAGGAUCUGGUGAAGAACACAGAGUUUAAUGAACAUGAGCUGAAACAGUGGUACAAAGGCUUCCUGAAAGACUGUCCCACUGGCAGGCUGAAUCUGGAGGAGUUCCAGCAGCUUUAUGUCAAGUUCUUCCCUUAUGGCGAUGCGUCAAAAUUUGCACAACACGCCUUCAGAACCUUUGACAAAAAUGGAGAUGGUACCAUUGAUUUCCGAGAGUUCAUCUGCGCCCUGUCCAUCACAUCUCGUGGCAGCUUUGAGCAAAAACUCAACUGGGCCUUCAACAUGUAUGACCUGGAUGGUGAUGGCAAAAUCACCAGAGUGGAGAUGCUGGAGAUAAUCGAGGCUAUCUACAAAAUGGUGGGCACUGUGAUCAUGAUGAAGAUGAACGAGGAUGGCCUGACACCAGAGCAGAGGGUGGACAAGAUCUUCAGCAAAAUGGAUAAAAACAACGAUGACCAGAUCUCGUUGGAGGAGUUCAAAGAGGCAGCAAAGAGCGACCCAUCCAUCGUGCUCCUGUUGCAGUGUGACAUGCAGAAGUGAGCUGUCCCUGCUUGCUCCUCUCCACGUCUGUAUCCACACACUCUGGACAGCAGCACACGUUUUAAUGUCUCAUUAGGUUCUCUGUCAUUUCCACAGGAAAAAAAAAACAAAAAACAAAACAAAACAACAAAAAACAAAAGAAAACAAUGCUUGGACUAUUUUUCAAUGGACUCGCUUCUUGUGGUUGUAUGCAUGAGAAUGUCAAAUGCAGAAUAAUUUUGAAAAACAGCUAUAUCAUAGAUUUCUAUCUCCAAACAUGCCAAUGUGAUUUGUGCACAGUAACCCUAUACAUUCUCUUCCAACCCUAGCUUGUAUAUCGGUGGAGCACUGCAUUAAAUUGUUUCUGCAGUAUUUAGGAUCCCCAGUGUUCACUGCUGCAACUACUGUAUGCUUUACAUAAUAGUAACAAAACAAUAAUUCCUAUGAUAAUUGUAACUGUCUCUACUAUUCAGACUUGUUGAGCUCUCGGAGAAUAGAAAGGCUCCUGUCUGUUCCAGAUGUUUCCAAAUGAUGGAACCAAGAAGAGUAGGUUCUUUGCAUGCAUAUAUUAUGUGUCAAAAAUAUAAUCUCUUACCUUUUGCAUCUUUAGGUGGCUAUAAAAGAGAAACCCUCAUACUAAAUUCAUUUAGUAUUGUUGCAUGGGCUGUACAGUGUGUGACUCAUUAGAUCAUUAGUUCACCUCCAGUAAUGUGGGAGCAUGCUUCCCUCCAUUUGAUACAUGUUUCUGUGACACUUAUGUUUUUGAAUGAUAUCCGAAUCGCAUAUAAGGAUUAAUCUCCAAGGCAGAGCAUAAGCAUCGUAUUAUGUUUUGCUUCAGUGACUUCUGGGAUGGGCAGAAAUAUAUUUAUGGAACAUCAUUCCCUCUUGAUCACAUUGUACUGCUGCCGCUCAACCCAGAGGAAAGGCCAAAAUUACAACUGUCAUUAGGCACAGUACUCCAAAAUUGGCUUCCUUUCCAGGCUGUUUGUUUAAGUUAGACUUAAAAAGAACACGUAGCUCAAGUUAACUUUGACUUAACUUUUACUGAGUACAUAUCAACAUGUUUACAGAAAUGAAGAGCACUGCAAAAUGAGUACAGUCCUGGCUUUUGGCCCCGUUGCUGGGAGCUCACUCUCAAGGCUAGGGACCUUGCGAGAGUGGGCUCCACUUCUAAUGCAGCAAAAGGAGGAAUAAUAAAGCCUCACAUAUGUUUACUGGACACACUGCAUUCCUUUGUGUAAAACUUUUUUGUAAGGAGAAACUUUUUAUCGAAAGGUCUCAUCUUGUAAUCUGUUCUGUUUGCAGCAAUCAUUAAAGACACAAGAUCCUCAGCAGAGGUGCUUGAUAAAGCUUUUGAAAGAGUGUUUCACUGCGAGAGGGUUGGUACAGAAAUUCCCUUUCAACAGUUUGAGCUCCCCAUUUGUAGGCUAUGCAAGCAUGGACUGAGAGUCUGCUUGUAGUCCACUUACAGCAGUGGAAGUUGCAGAAGUUUUUAGUUGUUUUGUGUGUAACAUAACUGACAACGGCCCUCACAUUAUCAGUGUCUGUUUAAUUUAUAAACUUCAGUCCUGUCAUGUCAGAUUUUUUUUUCUUUUUUUUUGGUCGAGUAAAUGUUUAUAUCAAAUAUGGAAAAAAAAAAAUAUCAUGAUACAAGUGACUGUAUUCUUUUAUACAUGUGGCAUGUGUUGCACCCAAAAUGAAUUCUGUAGUGAUUAAAAUGAAUAAACCAUCAACAGGCUUUUUCAAAAGA